AUGACUGCUCACACUGGAUUGACACCUGCUGUGCUGAAAUACAAAGCCCCCGAUCCCCUGGUACUGGAGUUCGAGGUCCAACCAGAUCGUGCAGGCUUCGCAGAGCCGAAGAAGAGCGCGCUCUUUGCCGCUGCAUCGAAAGUCGACGAUUUGACACCGUGGAUUGGCACGCAGCUGCAUGGGGUGCAAUUGAGUCAAUUGACAGAUGCCCAAAAAGAUGACCUGGCGCUCCUUGUCGCGGAGCGUGGUGUAGUCUUCUUCAAAGAUCAAGAUCUGACUCUCGAUGGCCAAUACGAGUUGACUAAACACUACGGCGUCCAAGACCGCGACCCCAACCAACACGAUCCCAAGCACGUUACUAUCCUCGGACGCGAUAAUGACCGAGGCUACGCGAACUUCGGGCAAGACUUCCACAACGACCAUUCCUUCGAGCUGAACCCGCCCGCAUAUACCAUUCUCCGCAUGGUCAAAGCCCCGCCUACGGGCGGGGACACAAUCUUCACCAGCCAAGUCGCUCUCUUUGACAAGCUGAGCCCGACCUACCAGAAACUUCUCGAGCCGCUGCAUGGUGUACAUAGCUCUGAGGUCAGUAUUCCCCCUCGUGCUAUACUUCCGCUGUCUUCCCUCGACAAUCUAAUGGUAGACCGAUUGACCAAUAUCUUUUCGCAGGCUUCAUACAUCAAUAGCAUUAACGGCGGCGGCAUAGCAUUCCGCCCUCCUAUCCGCACCCACCCCAUCACCCACCUAAAAUCCCUCUUCUACAACCCCACCUUCACCCUCCACAUCGCCGAGCUCAAAGAAGCCGAAAGCGCCCACCUCCUCUCCUUCCUGCGCGAGCACAUGCACUCCGCGGACGAUCUCACCGUUCGCUGGCGCUGGGAAGCUGGCUCUGUCGCGUUUUGGGAUAAUCGCGUCGUCGCCCACCGCGCUGUGCCGGGGGGUUAUGAUAAGAGGCUCAGGGAGGGGAAACGCACAGGGGUGUUUGGAGAACGGCCAAUCUUUGACGCGGAGAGAGGGGUGACGUGGGGGGAGAGGUUUGCUGGGGCUGGGGUGGGCGUAGGGGAAGGUGAGGAAGGGGGAAGGGGGGAGGGGAUGAAAAGGGGGAGGUCGGGUAUAUGGACAAGGAAUACGAGUAUAAAAAGAUGGAUGCGGAUGGUAAUGCGCAGUAAGAGGAUAUCGCAGGGGAGAGUAACGAGGGUUACGCAGUAA